AUGCGAUCGCCCUCGUACGCCGGAAUGUAUGACACGACCACCUGGACGGCUGCUCGCGGGGCGGUCGCGCAGCCCGAGCUGGCCGCCACCGCGCUCGGGUGUGCGACUUUCGCCAUUUUCGUGUCCGAGAACGCGGAGGCAGUGCCCGUCCCCGGUGCGGGUCUGGCACUUCUCGCUCGUCGGGAUCAGUGGCUGCCGUUCACACCGCAGGCAGUCCGCUGGACGCCAAGGAGCCAAGCCUGCGGACCGAGCUACGGUGGGACCGUUUCCGACGCAGAGGUGCCCGCCAAUGAAGAAGACGAGGAUCGCCGCGUGCGUGAGUCAGUGCAUCACGGCGCGCGGGGCGGCACACGAGCACCAGCGGCGGACGCUGACAGUGACAGGAUCUGCCCGUCGCGCCCCCGCAUCCGCCUGGACCGUCGCACGACCUCGCGGACGUCGACGGGGCGAGCUCGCCCGGUGCAUGCGGCGCGGACCGCGAGAACCCAGCGUCGCGGGAGCGCUCGUGCGCCCACGGAGGGAUGGCAAUGGCAGGAAGCCGCGCGUGCGCGUGCGCGCCUGGGUCUGGGCGAGCGGGGCUGCUCGAGCCUUGGCUGGUUCCACGACGGCAGUAUGGCCCUGUAG